AUGAAUAUUACAAACCUUGUCAACAGUGAGGGCAAUAGCCAUAUCACCAAGGUGCCAAACCAGAACAAGCCAUUCCAAUGCACCUAUGGUACCUGCACCAAGUCAUUUGCCAGGAGAUCUGACUUGCAGAGGCAUUUAAGAAUUCACUUGAAUGAGAGACCAUUUGGCUGUCCUGUUGACGGUUGCGGCAAAACCUUCAUUCAACGUUCCGCCCUUACUGUUCAUAUUAGAGUACACACUGGUGAACGCCCCCACACGUGCGAGGAAUGCUCAAAGUCUUUCUCUGACUCGUCCUCACUUGCACGUCAUAGAAGAAUUCACACUGGAAAGAGGCCCUAUAAGUGUCCUAUUCAAGGCUGUAGCAAGUCCUUUUGCAGGAAAACCACUCUCACUAAGCAUACGAAGCGUAAUCACCAGUUACACCUUGAAGAUAGGUCUCCUUCACCUCAAGUUGACCAAGUUGAGAAAGUUGACAAGUUAGACCACCCACAGCAACCAGCUUUGACUAUACCACACACACUCUCGAACAUCCACAACGUACAGCCUACAGAGUGUGUCCCUAUCACGCAACCAUCCCUCUACUCGCUUUCAAUGGACCAUAAGCCCCAACCAUACAUGCACACUCCGAUACCGCAGCUCUCUUCUUAUCAGGAUGAUUCACCAUCCAACUCAACCGUCUUUUCUUCACCAGCUACUCCUUCGUAUUCGCAAUCGCAGCCAGAUUUCUUAUAUACUCAGCCACCACCGCCUCACGCGUUCAAUUUCUAUGAGUCUGCCUCUCCAUUCGUUUACUUGAAUACACAGCUACAAGCACAGGCCAAGCACACUCAGCCUACACACACUCACGCUCAUUACACUAUAAAUCAUCACUCACAGCUACUUACUCCGCCUCAGUCUGCUGAUCCAAACCAAUUCGGUCCUUUCGCUUACGGUCCACCUCCAAUGUCUCCAGUUGGAGUUGAGGACGAAUUUGGCACAUACCCAUUCGUACCACCAUCACCACCUCUGACAGGCUACUCGUCCACUCAUUUUGACGAAAACGCUUAUCAAGAUCCAUACCCAUCCCAACCACACGUAUUGACUGGAUUGGGGUUAGAUUUGGUACAGGAUACCGAGUAG